GCUGACGUUUUUCGCAUGCGUUUCACUGAGAAAGUUUCCGUGUGGCGGGUCUCUUCGUUGUCUCGGACAGAACAUUUCAGCAUCUUAAUAUGCCACGGAUCAUAGAAUGCGUUCCAAAUUUUUCCGAAGGAAGAAACAAAGAGGUCAUCGAAGCAAUAGCGAAUGCCAUAGCACAUACAGAUGGCUGCAGUUUGCUGGAUGUUGACCCAGGCCUCUCAACUAAUCGGACCGUAUACACAUUUGUUGGCUCCCCUGAAUCUGUCCUAGAGGGUGCUAUGAAUGCUGCUCGUACAGCGUAUCAGCUUAUUGACAUGAGAAGUCACCAAGGAGAGCAUCCUAGGAUGGGUGCAAUGGAUGUCUGUCCUUUCAUCCCUGUACACAACACCACAAUGGAAGAGUGUGUAGAAAUUGCUCAUGAAUUUGGUGAACGACUGGCUGUUGAGCUAGGUGUUCCAGUUUAUUUGUAUGGUGAAGCAGCUGCAGAGGAGAAAAGAAGACUUUUACCAUCUGUUAGAGCUGGAGAAUAUGAAGGGCUUGUGGAGAAGCUUGAAGAUCCAGAGUGGAAACCAGACUUUGGUCCAAGUGAUUUCAUUCCAUCAUGGGGAGCAACUGCUGUUGGUGCCCGUAAAUUUCUUAUAGCAUACAAUGUCAACUUGCUAGGGACAAAAGAACAAGCACAUCACAUUGCUCUGAAUAUCCGGGAACAGGGCAAAGAGAAGCCUGGACGACUUCCCAAGGUGCAGGGUAUGGGGUGGUACAUGGAAGAGGCCAAUAUUGCUCAGAUCUCUAUGAACCUUGUGGAUUUUGAGGUCACUGGAAUACACACAGCAUAUGAAGAAUGUUGCAACAAAGCAGAGGAGUUGAACUUGGGUAUUAUAGGCUCCCAGAUAGUUGGCAUCGUUCCUUUAAAGGCUCUCAUGGAUGCUGCUGAUCACUUCAUGAAGAAGGAGAAUCUGUUUAUCCUGGAAGAGGAUCAAAAAGUGCGCCUGGUAAUUAACCGACUGGGACUGAACUCCCUUGGACAGUUUUUGCCAAAAGAAAAAAUAAUUGAGUACAUGAUUCCAAAUGAUCGUGAAGGUCCAUUGAUGAGCAUGGAUGUUAAGGACUUCGUGCUGACAAUAGGCUCUCGCUCUCCCUCUCCUGGUGGUGGAUCUGUGGCUGCAUUGUGUGGUUCACUGGGGGCGGCUCUUGGCUCUAUGGUUGGCUUUUUAACUUAUGGAAAUCGCAAAUUUCAUCAUCUGGAUACAAAGAUGAGAGAACUCAUAGCCCCACUGUACAAAGCAAUGAAGGAUCUUCUCCCUUUUGUUGACGCUGAUGCUGCUGCUUUCAGUGAAUACAUGCUUGCUGUAAAGUUACCAAAUGAUACAGAAGAAGAAAGAAAGGCGCGUGAGACUGCCAUGCAGAGUGGACUAUUAACAGCAGUGCAAGUACCAUUGUGUGUAGCUCGGGUGGCAAACACUCUAUGGCCAACCAUUAAUGAGCUUGCCAACUUCUGCAACAUUAACUGCAAGUCAGAUCUUCAGGUUGGAGUGCGUGUCUUGGAAACAGCAGUGUGGGGAACUUAUUAUAAUGUUGUAACAAAUUUGAAGGACAUCAAGGAUGAAGAACUCAGGACGAAGAUGCAAGCUGAGAUAGACGAGGCAUUGACCACUGCCCAGCAAAACUGCACGGCAGUCUUGAAGGUGCUAGAUGAGAGGAAAGAGUGACGUAGUGAUGCAGGAGGAGAAAGGAAACUGGUUGCUGGAGAUUGUUCUUCAUCUCAGUGCCAGUUCCAGAAGCUAUAGGGACCAUGAAGCUACCCAUUGUGAUAUAGAGUAGUUAAUUGAUUGUUUGCUCAAUAUUGAUUAAAUAGUUAGUCAUACCAAUACAGGUGUAACUGCUGUUCAAUGAUAAGUUUUCUAUACAUUUUUCUUCACUAGCAAUUACAUUUUCAUUGAAUCCAAUGACAGUGCUUAUGAUUUAGCACAGCCUUUCAAUUAUAUCAUUUUUGUGCUUCUAAUGCACUGUUUGUAUGGUGUGCUACUACAAAGCAUUUAAAAUAAAGAGAAAAGGACAAUUAUUUAAAAGUAGAUGUGAAAAAUGUUGAGUUUUAAUAGUCUAUAAUUGUAUAAUUAAUGUUUACUUUUAGAACACCUUAUCCCACCAACAAAGAUGAGUUUGAAGCACUUAUAUAAAGUUUCAGGGCAUCACUUAUCAACAGGCAUCAAAUGCAUCUUACAGAUUUAUUCACCAUAAUUCAAAUUAUACUACUCACUAAGUCUUUCUCUCUUGCACACACACAGGGUGGAGGAAACUCUGGAUUACUGGACAAAACCCAGUCUACAGGUGUUACAUUCAUGUCUGAACCCAUGUCACCCAAUUCUCACUGUCAUGGUGACAGGCACUUUAACCACUGAGCCAUCAACCAUUUGGCACUGAAGCAUUUAAGAAAAAUAAAAAUGUUGAGUUUUUGGAUAAAUAUGUAAAGUGUUAUGCAUCCUGUUGUGCACCACAUUUUUUACUUCAUUUUGUGUUUAAAGUGGGUUUGGCUUUUUUUAAUCAGCACUCCCAACCAUUUAUUGGCUUGUUAUAUACCUAUUUAUUAAAGUUUUGUUUCUCUUCAAGCAGAUCUCAUUUAAAUUUUGUUAAAUUAUAAAGACCCUGUGUAUUAUUAUAGUGUCAUUUAUUAUUGGUAGGUUUUUUUUUUUGCUUUUUUUUUUAGAAAAUUAAAUGUAAACUUAUUGCAGAAACUAUAAAAUACUUUGACUAUUAUCUUAUUAUGUAUGUACCACUUUUAUGUGAAUUGUAAAUUUUGGAUUAUAAGGCACAGCUUUUUGCUCCAGCUUUAAAUCUUGCAGUUAAAACAGUGAUGCAGAUUGUUUGAAUGUUUCUGAUUUCAGGAGCCUCUCACCCUCAUCUAUUCUUAGCUUCUCUGUAACUCAGAAUAUUGUGUUUACUGUUUAUUAAUUUUUCACUGAGCUCUGUGUUAAAGUGUUAACUGUUCAUGUUGUUACAAUGUUAACUGUUCAGAUUUUUUAAUCAAAGUUUCAUACAAUUUAAGCAUUCAGAUCAUUUGCUCAAGCACACACCCUCAUCAUACUGAAAACGAGAGGAAAUGUUUAUGAUGUGGCUUAUAAACCAGUGCAGCUUUUUUGUAAAAAAGUAAAGAUUUAAAAAAAAUUUAGUGGGUGUAGAUUAUAAACAAGUCCGCUCGAUAAACUGAAAUUUAUAGUAGGCCUUGCUAGACAGAGCGAUUUGGUAUAUCACAGCAAACACUGAUUUAUUACAGAUGUAGUACGUGUUUUCAAGUUUGGAAGGUUGUUUUGGUGACUGUGAUAGUGCAGACUACUGUUUAAUCUUCAAGUUCUUAAUUAUUUCAAUGACUGUGUUACAACAGAAUAUCAUAUUUUAAAUGUUUCUUGUACAUCUACCAAAAUAAAGAGGGUAAGUAUUUUCCUGUAUUAAUACACUUCUGAUGUGAUGAUCGUGCCAUCCAGUAUUUUAAUCGCUAGGGACCAGAGGGGAAAGCAAUAAAAUAUAGCAUCCGGCCAGCACUUACAACUGAAUGUUUUCUAUUAAAUGACUGUAAAUGGGAUGUUAUUGUCUUUGGAACACUUAAUCUCCUGGCUGAUUCUCUAGUUUCGUUUAGAGAAAACAGGGUACUUUUUUUUCUUACUGUCUGUGCUUUCUGCAUAUUUUUUUCCUAAUUCACCCUUUGCAGAACUUGCUUUUGUUUAGUGCUUUAUUAUUUUUCAGAAUUUUUACAGAAUGUAUUUUGUUGAGAUUUUUACUUUAAUUUGAACCACCAUAUACCCCUAGUUUUACUGAACAUGUUAUCACACAUGCCGCUUCUUUAAAAGCAGAUAAACUGCCCAACUGAUACAGGCAAUUAUCAGCAUAAAUAGGGUAUGCGAAGUUUUUUAAUAUGAUGCUCAGUGAAGCUGAAAUGGAUGUACAAACCUUUCAUACAGGAUCAAAACUUUCCAUAACUGGUCAUUUUGAAGAUAUAGUUUAUCAAUAUGUAUAUCGUGAACAUGGACUUUGUUUAUCAAGUGCUUUUACUUGAAUCUAAAAUUUAACAGUUGGGAAUUUUUUUAAAAUAUAUGAUACUUAUGCUGUAUUUUGUGAAUGUACGUUUCUUUGUUUUAACAUAACUCUUAUGUCGAUGUAUUUGUGUGAAAAACACUUUUCUUUGAUUUAUUUUGAUCAUUUAUUUUCAUCACUUAUUUUCAUCUUGAGAUGUGAGAGAAUUGGAGGUUCUAUGAAAAUUUAUCUCUUGGAACUUUUAGAACAGCGUUGGUCUUGUUUUUAUAAUAGGUCUGGAGAAUAUUGUUUGAUUGUAUCUCCACAUAUAUUGCUCUGCAACAAGAUUUCAGGGUAUAAUGUGACAACUUUUACCAAAAAUAUCUUUAUGAUAAUGUUCAUUCUCCAUACUAUAAACCAUUCUAACAUCAUGUUAACUAGACUUUCUUAUUUAAAAUUUAAAAAUUGAACUAAAGUAGCUGCCUGGAGUCAUCAAAACCCAGAUUUAUUGUGAAGUGGUACAGUCCUGUUAUAGUCACAUGUCUUUUAUUAAGUUUGCCUGAAUAGCACUUUAAUUUUACACAGAAUUUUGCAUUAACAAUGCACAAAACUUGUUUCUUUAUCAAGAUAUAAUUAUGUCCACCUUACAUUUGCAGCAAUCUACUCAUGCAGCUUAACUUGUACGUUUUAUAUUCACAAUAUAUUUGCACAAGCUUUAGCCUUUUCAUUUUUUCCAGUUUACAAAUAGUCCUCUUCACUUGUUGUCAGGUAAGGAAAUAGAAUAAUAAUCACAAAUAUCUCAAGCAUAAACAUUUCACAUCUUUUGCUUUGUACCCGUUUGUUGCUUGUUUUAACAUAUUAGUCACAAGGGCUCUCCACACAAUAAUUUGCUGUAGUAUUUGUUACAGUGUUGUAAAUAGUCCUAAAAACCUGGAAUGUCUUACCUUUUGUUAAGUGUAACCUUUCAGAAUUCUGAAGAUCUGUAUAUACAGUUUAUUCAUUGGGCUGGGCUCAUAAGCAUUCUUAUCUAUUUUCCCACACAGAAAAGAGCCUUUAAUGCCUGCUGACCUAAACUGUUUGAAUGUUUCUGUCUUGACAAGAGAAUGCAGCUGAGCCCAGUAGUUUUAAAAGGGUAGGGUAACUUCCUGCACACCAAUAACAUGAACUUUUAACAUAAAGUUAAAAUAUGAAUAACCAUAGAACGUGUUUCAGAAGAAGUUGCAGUUGAAGAGAAGGUUGUGUCAUCAUUUUUUCAUUUGAAAUGGGCAAAAUUAGUGUUUUUAAUGUUUGUAAUUUUAUUGCAAUUUUAUAUAUUUUGUAGUACGUUUUAUAAACACUGCUGAUGCCUUUAAAUACUGAUCAUGAGUUUCUGUACAUUUGGUAAAAUCCUUUUGACGUUGCUUGCGUUUCAGUACUGCUUUUCCAAUGUAACUACUUUUUAUUUUCAGUUACAAACUGUUUAAGGUGCUUUAUACUGUUUGUCAUAGGGAUAUCAGAAAGCAAGUUUUUUUUUUCCAGCCAGAGAUUUGAAAGAGAAUAAGACCAAAAGGCGAUGAAGUUUACUACCAAGUUAAGAGAUUUUGCCCUUUUUGACUUAUAAGGAUUCCCAGGUCAAAUGAAAUUAGGAUUAUCUCAAAAUGUCCCCCUCCCACAUCCACCUGACAUCCAUGUGGUAAAUUAGUUAAUGCCAAAUUUUGACAAAAUAUCCCUGAAAAUGCACAUAAAUUUAGAAUGUAGGAGUACAAAACCUGUCUUAACUAUGCCUCCAAGUCAUUUGUUUAAAUAAAAGUUGUUGACUUGCAUUCUCCUUAAGUAUGGCACUUUUUAAAAAAAAAAAAAACUGGCUUCUCAGGAGCUGAACCAGGAGAGGGAAAUCCAAAUUUCUCUUCACACAUUUGAUGUUUUUGGUGAAAAAUAUUACAUUAAUAUAUAUUUCUAUAAAUUUCUGUUUUGAAAAAUAAGGCUUUUUGACAGUAUAUGGUGGAAAGCGUUAAUACUAUCAGCUGCUGUAAUAUAGUAGGUAUGUCCAGUUAAUAAGGAGCUUCGGAUGCUUUUAAGAUUUUAUUCACAAGUUCAUCUAUAUUUGAUGCAUCUCCAGAAAGACUUCCUCAUGUUCGUUUUAAUAUUUUAAUUGUGGCUGUAUGCAAUAUUCUCAAAGUUUGGAUUAUAUUUUGGAUAAGCUUUGGGAACAUACCUUAUCAAAAUCAACAUCUUUUUCAUCAAGUUAUCACUAUUCGAAUGGAGUGCCUGUGAGAUUCUUGUUACCUUUCACUUAUUUCUAAACUCCCUCAGCUAAGGGUCAAAACUGACACAUGAUACCUGUAGAUGUAGAGAGGUGAAGUUUGGGGAAAAUCAAAAGGUUUUGUUAGGUCUGUUCUACUUACAACUGAAUUGGCAGACGUGCAUAAUAUAUAUAAAAAGAGAUAGAAUGGGGAGGGGCUAGAGACCCAAGAGAGCAUUUUAUGUGAUCUUUAUUUUUUUAGUCACAAUGGCCUUAAUACCAACGACGGCACAUCAAUCGUGGCAAUGUUUUUGUUUUGCCUACUGUUUCUAUUUUCAUGCUUUUUAAAACUCAGAGAACCUGUGAAGAGGCUAAUGAUUGUGAACCCACUGCCAGUGCCAGCUCCAUUGCAAUUGAUUACACAGCAUUUUGAGUGAAGCUUGUACAGCUUUUUGAGAGCAAGUGAAGACAUCAUGAAGACUCCUGGGUGAGCAGUUAGUGGCAGCAGUCCGACUGCAGGUUGAGAGCAAGUUAAAACAUGAAGACAGCGGGGUGUGCAGUGGGUUGUAGCAGUCACACUGCUGGUAGACCAAAGUCUUGGUGCAGGUUGGAGCAAUAACAAAGGCACAAAUCCAUGAGGAAAUUGAAUUCCUGACGAUGCAUCGUGAAUAUCUUGCACUUCCACUGGCAGAACUGGUUUACUGACAUGUCUCAAGCAGGUCGCUGUGCUAGUGCUUGUGUUCAUAUUGCAUGUCCAGCAGCAUUUGUGUCUUUGUGUUCACUAACCACAGCGCAGGUUCUCAAUGAUCUGCGGCAGAUAGAGAAUGUUUUGUACCAAAUAACAGCUAACACUCACUUUCAGUAUUGUUUUAUAGAAAACACCUAGCCUAGCUUUAUUCAGAUUUUCUGAUUCUCUCUUGAUAAUGAGGUUGAUGUGAGCGUAAUAUGAAAAUCAGUAUUUUAUUGUAGAGAUGAUCUAAUCGAUUUCCCUCGUCUGGGACGAUUUUUUCUUGUUCUGAGAUUUCGUUUCUAAUAAAAUCUUUAAAACUUUAAAAA